AUGGCCGAAGACAAUGAAGAGGUUCGUCAACCCAAUCUGCCUGCUAGGCGAGCUACCUUGAGAGAUGAAGAAGCUCACAACAGGCUGUUUCUGAAUCGAUCUGCGAUCCAAUCACCAGCUCAUGCGAGACAAGAUUAUGAGAUCAAACAUAGCCUAAUCAAUUUGGUCCAGAAUUGUGUGUUUAAUGGAUUAGCCUCAGAGAGCCCUCUGGACCAUAUUGAAGAUUUUGAGAGAUUGGCUAGUACGACAAGGUCUAAUGGAGUUCCAUAUGAUUACCUCAUGUUGACUUUGUUCCAAUUCUCUUUAGGAGAUAAGGCUUUGAGAUGGCUAAAUCUCUUGGACCGAGGAUCACUUACCACUUGGGAGCAAUGUAGAGCAGCGUUUUUAAACCACUUCUACACUAAGUCACGAUCAGCUAUGUUAAGGAGCAAGAUUACUACCUUCUCACAAGGUGUUAAGGAGUCUUUUUGUGAAGCGUGGGAGAGAUUCAAGGAAGGAAUUGACCAGAAGUACCAGAUGGCACUCGAUAUUGCCAGCAGAGGAGAUUUUUCUACUAUCACUGCUGCUGAAGCAAACCUCUUGAUCGAAAACCUUGCAGCGAGUAACAUCAAUCAUAGUUAUGAGUAUGAUCGUUCUGUGCGUGUUGUCCGUGAAUACAGAUGUUUUGAGGGAAUAGAGGAGCUGAACUAUGUAGGAGGACAAGGGAACUAUCAGAAUCAUGGGUUUAAUCAGAAUUAUAGAAAUCAUCCUAAUCUCUCUUACAGAAGCACCAUUAUCGAGAAUCCUCAAGAUCAAGUGUAUCCUCCACAUAUUCAACAAGGUAACUUCCCGCAAGGAUUUCAGAACAAGGGUGCUGGAUACCACACUCCAUCUGCAGCUCCACAAGAUAACAAACUCGAAUUGAUGAUGCAAGCACUACUGGACGGCCACAAGAAAAGUUCUGCUGAGAUUAAUGUCAAAAUUGAUAGCAUGUACAUUGAUUUGAAUGGGAAAUUUGAGAGGUUGAGUUCACGUGUUGAUUCCAUUAAUAAGAGAGUCUCUGCUAUUUCUUUUAGCUCUAAGAACAAAGAAUCAUGCAAUGCUAUAACACUCCAUGGUGGAUUCGAAGAUGGGCUGAGUUGUGCUGUGAUCAACUCACGUUUGGCUUCCGCAGAGCCAAGAUCGAUCAGUCCUGAGCCUAGACCGGCCAGUCCCAUCCAUUUUUAUAAUUCGAGUCUGAUCUCCAGAGAAGUUGGAUCGACCAGUCCCCCUUAUAGAUCAGUCGAUCCCAUCAAUAAUGCAAAACUUGUCUUGGAAAGUCUCAGAUCGACUGAUCUACGUCCAGACCGGUCAGUCCCUGUUGUAGGUAUGGGAAAAUCCAGCUCGUUUGUCUCUGAUGCAUAUGCUAGGGAGUCACUUCAUGUGGAACCAAAGCCAUAUAGGCCAAAAAUUCCUUUUCCAAAGGCAGUAAAGCAUAUCUCUUUGUUUAAGAAGGUUUACAAUGAUGUUGUGGUUGAAGAAAAUGAUUUGGUGGAGGUUAAGGCGUUUUUGGCUCUAGAGAAGAAGAACAUUCAUGCUCCAGUUUUGAAAAGACUACCAAAGUUAGAAGAUCCAGGAAAAUUUGUUGUUCCAUGCUCCAUCUCAGGAGUGAACUUUGAGGAUUCCCUUUGUGACAUUGGAUCUAGUGUGAACGUAAUGUCUAAAGAUGUCACAGAGAGGUUGGGGAUUGACGAUAUGAAGGCUUCUAAGGUCUCUCUUAAGUUUGCAAAUGCUGUCUCCACAACUCCACAAGGCUUCAUUAGUAAUUUAGAUGUUCAAGUUGGGAGUUGCUUGGUUGCUACAGAUUUUUAUGUUGUGGAAAUUAGCGAGGGUUAUGUUAUGCCUUUGAUUCUUGGGAGACCUUUCUUAGCAACAGUGGGAACAGUUGCUGACUUGCCUAAAAAGAGGAUCACUUUCUCUAACAUUGAUGAUAAAGUCUUCUACAACGCAAUCACUACAAAUGAAGCUACAAAACAUUGUCUAACUGUAGAAGAUGAGAAGAAGGUGGAUGUCAUGCUAAUGGGAGAGAAUGGUGAUAAGAAUGAAGCAACGAAGUCAUGGAUGGAGACAUCAUUCUUCUGA